AUGUCUCAACAGUUGUGGACUGAAAAAUACCGACCAAAAACUGUGGAUGAUGUCGUUCAUCAAGAAGAAGUUGUAAAUGCUCUCAAGAAUAGCUUGCAAGAGGGAAACUUACCGCAUUUAUUAUUCUAUGGACCUCCGGGUAAUGGAAAGACAAGUACAGCAACCGCUAUUGCAAAACAAUUAUUUGGUCCUGAAUUAUAUAAAAGUCGAGUAUUAGAAUUGAAUGCGAGUGAUGAGAGAGGAAUUAAUGUCAUCAGAACCAAAGUGAAACAAUUCGCUCAGACUGCAGUAAGUGAAAAUCCACCAUCGAAAGGGAAAUAUCCUUGUCCACCAUUUAAAAUCAUUAUUUUAGAUGAGGCUGAUUCAAUGACGGUAGACGCACAAUCUGCAUUGCGUAGAACUAUGGAAACAUAUUCAAGUGUCACAAGAUUUAUCUUAAUUUGCAAUUAUGUGAGCAGAAUAAUUGAUCCAAUUACAUCGAGAUGUGCCAAAUUCAGGUUUAAACCGUUGGAUAACACGUUGUUGAAAGAAAGACUGCAAAUGAUCGCUGAUAAGGAAGGAAUUACACUGCAAGAUUCAAAAGUUUUAGAUAGAGUUGUUUCUCAUAGUGAAGGGGAUAUGAGAAAAGCGAUCACAACCUUACAGAGUGCUUCCAGAAUGUUUGGAUUUUCUAUUGCUGAGAAACAUAUUGUGGAAAUUUCUGGUACAGUUCCAGAAGAGUUGAUUGUAAAUAUUCUCAAGUUAUCAAAAGAGCAAGACGUCAAUGUAAUCAAAAAAGAAGUAGAAAGAGUUAUCAAACAAGGUUAUGCUGCCUACCAAAUAAUCAACCAAUUGGCAAAUUACAUUCUAAGCGAUCAUUGUGAAGUGAAAUUAGACGAUCUUCAAAAGAGUAAGAUUCUUUUGAAAAUUGCAUCAUGUGACAAGUGCCUUAUUGAUGGAGCAGACGAAUUGUUGCAAUUGCUAUCACUCGUUUCAUUCAUGGCACAAACUGCAGGAGUAGAUUCAGAUGGUGAUGUGUCCAUGUAUUAA